UCUGCACCGCAUGGACGCAUUACCUUGCACGUGUUUUGGGAAUUGAAUUACGAUUUCGUCCCAAAUUUUGUUUACAAUGGAUCAACUCACCGAUUUGUUCGUGCCAAGGAAGUAUUUCGGAAGACGCCAUCUCGUGAAAAGAAACCGCAGGUCUCGUUCAUCUAUCUGUGGGGGUCGAAGUCAUUGAAUGCAGCAUUUGCGAACAUUUUCUUCUCUUAUUCACGCUUCAUUGGAAUUCCGCAUUUGAAAGCGAUCGCACGGCUAAUGCAAUACCAAGGCAUUGCUGUGAUCCUGGAGGAACUGUUAAAAAUGGCUCGAAUACUGAUUUCUGACAAGUUGAAACGCCACUUGAGGACAAUUUACUCUGUGAUGCCAAAAAUAUGCAAGUUGCCACGGAGCGACUACGGUAGUCCAGGUGUGCUUCAAUAUUACUUCCACCAUCUCGAGGGCGUGGGAAAGUAUGGCGAAUUGAAGGGCGAAUUCUGUCAGGAUCUGCGCGAAUUGGGCAAUAUUAUUCUCUUUUGUCACCAGCUAGAAUCAGGUAUGGCUCAAGAGGAGGUGCAGGAUCUACUCGCCGCAGCUGCUUUCACAAACGUCAUUCCGAAGCCACCAGCCAAAACAAGAAAAAGCAACUUGCUAAGCUUCGAGGAGAAAUACUCUCGUAUUCAGCUCACUAAUGUCGUUGAGAAGUUUGGAGAUGAUAAGCAAAUUGCGAUAUCCAGAGAGGCCGAGCUUAUGACUAAGGAACGACUUUGUUGUGGAUUGAACAUUUUCGAAAUGUUUUUGAGGAGGAUUCGACAGAUGCUUGGAGAUGACUCG